CAGCUCAGAGAGAGAGAGAGAGAGAGAGAGAGAGAGAGAGAGAGAGAGAAAGAGAGACAGAGACAGAGAGGAACUAGGAAAACUGAAAAAAAAGGACGAGAGUUGAAGACAGAAGAGGUGGAGACAGACACAUGCUCGAAGAGAGAGAGAGAGAGAGAGGGAGACAGAGAGAGACAGAGAGAGAGAUCGCUCCGCUGUCAGAAGGGAAAAGAUUCCAGAGAGAGUAGCCCUCGGCUUCUCUCCGACCAGCUGUGCUUUCAGACCUAAAGGCCCUUCACCACCAUAAAGGCCAUAUUCCUCUGGGACUGAGAGCAGUGUUUAUUAUUUUUUGGAAAACAAAGUUGCUGUGGAGAUGACUUGUGGGUCAAGGAGAGGCCUCUACGGACUGUGUUGCCUCUGACCACCACCCACCUCCUCCUUUUUCUUGGAGCUUAGGCUGGGAGGCCCCACUCUCCUGCUCUCCUGUGGACAGUCUGUUGGGGCAUCUUAUGCUGCCAGGAUCCCCAGUUUGCAAAUUCAGCUCUGGAGUCCAAGAGUGGCAGAAGCAGCAGCAACAGCAGCAGCAGCAGCAGCAGCAGCAGCAGCACUGGCAGCAGCAGCAGAAGGAAAGCCUGCCCGUACUCCAGCUCCCACAACUUCUCUCCCUGUUAUUCCUCAAUUUCAGAGGCAGCCCCAGUUCCUUGGACUCUCCCAGCUAUGUUGGACCCUGAUGUUCCCAGGGGCCCUGAUCCCACAGCUAUAUGGCCCCCUAGUGCCAGGGGAGCCUGAGUGCUGCCUGGAGAGAGGCCUCUCCUCUACGUGUAGCCCCUGUCCCAUUUCCUAGGGACCAUGAGUGGGGGUAAGAAGAAGAGCAGUUUCCAGAUCACCAGUGUCACCACAGACUAUGAAGGUCCUGGGGGAUCUGGGGGUGGUGACUCCCCUACAGCUCUGGUUUCCACCUUACCCACACCUCGUCUUCCCAAUGGGGAGCCUAGCUCAGAGCUGGGAGGCAAAGGGACCCCUCGAAACGGCUCCCCACCCCCUGGGGCCCCAGCAUCACGUUUCCGGGUAGUGAAGCUUCCCCAGGGACUAGGGGAACCGUAUCGCCGGGGGCGAUGGACAUGUGUGGACAUUUAUGAGAGGGACCUGGAAGCCCCAGGACUCAGCCGGCUCCUGGAGGGAGUUCGGGGAGCCACUGGAGGGACUGGGGGUCGCUCUUUGGACUCUAGGCUAGAGUUGUCCAGUUUGGGCCUGGUUCCCCCAAACCCCCAGCCUCAGGGCCCAACCAACUGGCUUCGCCCACCCCCAACUUCCCCUGGUCUUCAGGCCCGAUCUUUCACUGGGGGGCUAGCUCAGCUGGCCGGAGGCAAAGGGAGGGCUGAAACUCCACCUCUUCCAGCUUCCCCACCCCAGCAGCACCCCCCGGAGCCCAGUGAUGGAGACAGUACAGGGGUACUGGCACCACAUGCCUCAACCCAGCUGCCUACCCUUCGGGUAGAGGCAGAGGUGGGAGCCCCAGCAAUGACACCUCCAAUCACCCGAAAGAAGGAUGGAGCCCCUUGGCUGAGGAAAGAGGGGGAGGAAAGAGGCCAGCUCCCUCUCCGAGGCUCCCGUCCUGGCUCUCCAGCCCUCUCCCUCCUUCAGGAUAGCAGUCCCAACCGGAAAUCCUCAGACCCCUUUGGAGCCUCUGCUCAACGCCUGAAUCUGGCUCGAUCUAUGCUAGCCAUUGGUAGCCCCCUUGACGGUGAUGAUGACAGUGGCUCUGGAAGCAUGGUUGCCAUUGACAACAAGAUUGAACAAGCCAUGGUAAGGGCAUUGAUUUUAUUCUGAGGAAUAUCAUAGUUCAUCUGUUCCUUAGCUCCUGGUGUCCUGCUCCGUUUCUUUCCCCCAGUUCUCUGUUUCUGUUCUUAGUUCAGACCCCAUUCCCUGUCCCUAGUCCCUGUACCAUUGUCCCUGUUCCCAAUCCCAGACUGUCUUGUCAUCUGUCCUUUCCUUCCUCUCCAGUUCCCAACUCCCUGUUGCUGUCCUUGAUCUUAGAUUUCUAUCAUUGCUCCCAUUUCCUGGACCUGAUACCUGAGUCCUUGCCCUCCCUUCUUUUUC